CGCUAUGGAACUCCUGUCCGUAGGUGAAACUCUAGGAUACUUGAUCGUUGGCAUAUUUUUUAACACUUUUCUCUACGGUAUUGUCACUUAUCAGUACAUCGUUUACUUCAAUACAAACUUUGGCGACCACUAUGCGCUCAGACUCAUGACCUGCUUCGUCUUUCUUCUUGACUCGGCCUAUAGCGUAGGGCUCAUCUACUCAGCCUGGUUCUACGCAGUGGCAAACUACACAAACCCAAGCGCCCUGUUAGAGUCGACAUGGGCGUACGGCAUUACGUCGCUUGCAACCGAGGGGUGCGCCAUCAUAACCCAGGGCUUUCUCACAUGGCGGAUAUACCGCCUGAGCCAAAGCCGGGUUCUUGCCCUCGUCGGAAUCCUUCUGUCCAUUGUCGCGCUCGCUUUGGGCACCGGAAUCUCGCUUAAGAAACUGAUCAUCGGGUAUAUUCCCGAUUUCAUCAAUUUUGAGUGGCUCGUCGUCGCAUGGUGCAUUUCAAAUGUUGUCGCUGACUCGUAUAUCACCGCGACACUCAUCACCAUCCUCAUCAAAUCGCGCAACAAGCUGCUCAAGAGCCCGCCCCGUUACCGCAUUGCCAUUAAUCGCUUGAUCCGGUGGACCAUCCAGACGGGCGUCCCCGCCGACAUCUUCGCGAUCCUCGCGCUCAUCUCGUACGUGCUGUGGCCUGAAAGCAAUAUGUAUGGGAUGUGGGGAAUUCCGAUUGGGCGGUUGUAUUCGAUAACGCUCCUAGAUACGUUCCUAAAUCGCCCUGCCAUUGAUCGGUCGGGGAGUGCUAAGACAGAAGAGACCGAGUCUACGCUUACGCAGAGGACCUCGGAGCAGCAGAUUGAUCUAGAGAUGCAGGGAGGGCAGCUCACGACGAUCGUCGGGUUGACGAAUAUGAGCGGAGAGUCUGACGAGUUUUACUAGCUAUCACAGGCUAUUCGAUGCCUGGCAUCUCCGGCGCCUUUGUCGCGCAGUACAACACUAAGUACCCUCUAAUAGGCAUGUUCGUGAGUACUAGAAUAAAAUCA